GAAACAAACAGCAAUAAAAAGUAGCGCUUGUGAUGGCGCUAGUUAAACACCCACUGCUGUGGAACGGGUACUUGUGUGCAUCUGCCAGGCUGCCUGCAAACGAAAAACGAAACUGCGGAUUGUGUACGAGCAACUGAUGGUUAGGGAACCCACGUGUUGAAUGUCUGCCUCAUUUACUUCACUCUGUGGGUUAUCUGUGAAUGUCUUCGCGCGUUAAACGCUGACAUGAUCGGGACAAAUCCGCUGCAUGUGCACAGCAGCAGUAAAGCGAUGGAGACUGAAUGUGGCCAACCGGACACAACUUUCGAAAACAACUCCGACAGCUGUGAAGUCGAGCAGGCUGUCGUUGCGAAUGGUGCAAGCGACGAACCGGUGAAAAAGGAGUUCAACUCGAUGAGCAUCUCCGAACUCGAGGCUGUGUUGAGUGACCCAAACUCCACGGUGUCGAAACGCUACCGGAAAAGGGUCUUGCGAAGAAUAGAGUGGCUCAAGCGGAGACCGGAGCGAAGGGCUUUGGAGAAAGAGAAGAAGAAACGCAAGCGUGAGGAGUCUAAGGCUGCAAAUGGGGAUGUAGUAGUGCACAAGAAGCCCAAGUUCACCAAGAUGGACGAAUCCUCGUGCAAGAUUCGGGUGGCCAUCGACCUCUCUUUGGAUAGCCACAUGACCGACAAGGAGAAGGUGAAGUGUCGCAAACAGAUUCAGCGUUGCUAUUCACUCAACCGCAGGUCUCCAGCCCCUGUCCAGUUCUACCUGACUGGCAUGGCCGGAUCAUUCAAGGACAGUUCCUCCAAUAUGCAUGGUUUUGAGAGGUGGGAUGUGCACGCAUCGGACGACGACCACAUAAGUUGCUUUGGCAAAGAGAAUGUUGUCUACCUGUCCAGUGAGUCUGAGAACGAGCUGCACGAGCUGGAAGAGGGCAAGGCGUACAUCAUCGGGGGUCUUGUUGACCACAACCGCAGCAAGGGCUUGUGCCACAGGCUGGCUGAGGAACAGGGUGUGGAACAUGCUCGGCUGCCCAUAGGCAACUGUCUCAUCAUGAAGACACGCCAAGUGCUCACAAUUGACCAGGUGUUUGCUAUCUUGCUCAACAAGACCCAGGGAAUGUCUUGGACGGAUGCUUUGUUGGCGGCCAUUCCUCAGCGAAAGGGUGCUAAGGCAUUGGAUCAAGAAUCUGGUUCUUCAUCUUCUUCACACAACAGUGACAAUGAUGAGCAGCAGGACUUAUGAGAAAAGUUUCGGCAAACGAAAUGAGACAGUUGUAAUAAAGACAUAAAUUACCAUCCGAUGACAAA